ACCCACAAAUUAAACAGCAUGCACACAAAACCAACACCCAAAUAUCCCAAGGCCACCGGCCUAGCAAUCCUCAUCUCAACCCUCCUUGCAAUACUCUACCUCCUCAUCCUAAGAAACAUAACCUUCCCAAGAACAGCUCCAACGCCAUGCAUCUGCCCCUCCACCCCAACCAGCCCACCCUACACCCUACAAACAUUCUUCCCACCCCACACCCAAACCCACCCCCAAAACCAAGGCAUAGAAUCUCUCCUCUCCCAAUCCAAAACCAUCCCCAACAACGGCUUCAUCACCAUAACAGAACAAAGCAGUGACAACCCCCAGCCCCAAUACUUCGGUAUAUCCAUGUUUCAUCAAUUACAUUGUCUUGAUAUGAUCCGCGAUAGCAUCACCACCAGCACCAACAAUAAUACCACACCAGCAGAAAGUAACGAACACCAUCACACCCAUCAUACGAGAUCUUAUGAAGGGAUGCAUAUCGGGCAUUGUCUGGAUUAUUUAGCGCAGGUUCGGCUAUUAUUUGCGCAGCGGAUGAUACGCUCGAGCGAGGGGAGGAAGAGAUGAUGGAUGGGGAGAAGGUCAGGUUGAUUGAGGGAGUGGGGGUGGUGCAUCGGUGUAGGGAGUCGGG